AUGGGCACCCUGGGCAAACGACGACGUGUAUCAAGCACUGACAGUGACGACGACGUACCAACGACACAACGCGCUAUGGUCGUAGGAUCUUCUCUCCCGUCUCCUCGUUCUAUCAAGCCGCGUACACUCCCACCUGGUCGUAAUCGUAGAGGAUUUCUAGAGCAGUCUCAGUUGACAGACAAGGACCGACGUCAUGUGCGUUGCAAGGAGCGUGAAUUACUGCAAAGUAUCAAGGAAAAUGCCAAUGAUUUAGCCAAGAUCUCGAGUGGAAUGUUUGAUACACAUACACAGGAACUGGAUCAGAUGUAUGAGAAUGUUUGUUACCCGCGUGAGGCGAAUUUAGAUGCAAGCAAUCUGGAUGAAUUGAAUGUCGCAGUAGCGAAACAAUCACAAGCUCUGGGUUCCAGUGACUUGACAAAGUACGAUUCGAUGGAUUUGAUUCAGGCGACGUAUAAAGUGUAUGCAAUGGAAUCACAGCAGGGUGAUCUGGACUGGGAUGCAUUGGGAAAUGCCGCAGGAGCUUGUUUUCGAUCAGUGCCGGAGAUUAGUUUCUUGUUUGGACUGAUGGAUACGGAGGUGGUGCGUAAGGAGAGGAAAAAGUUGAAACGAGUGCAGGAUGAUGCCGGUGCUGAAGAAGCGCAGCCAACGGAGUAUACGAACAAGGAAGACCGUAAGGACGCGCAGGCUCGGCGGUUAGAGAUUUUGCAAUCGACAUUGAUUCAGCGCCAGUGUCGUCAAUCACUUUUUGAUGUGGUAAUUGAUCCGAAGAGUUUCACUCAGACGGUCGAGAACUUGUUUGAUACGUCGUUCCUUGUGCGUAACAACUCUGCUGAAAUAGGCAUCGAUGAUGAUACUGGGCUUCCUUAUCUGAAAAAUCAGGAGGGAAUUGGUGAGGUUGAUAUGCCCACAUCGACACAGAGCAUCAUUAGUAUCACCCCAGCUCAAUGGGAGCAGCUCGCGCAAGUUACGGGGCGCGAUGAACCUCUGCUAGUCCGUCGCUCGUAG